AUGGAUGCUGGUGAUGCUAUUCUCAUUGAUCACUUUAAAACAUGCACUUCAAAAACUAAAUACACAUCAUUUGAAAGUAUCAAUAAUUCUAUGGCAUUUUCUAUAAUGGCGGAUGAAACAGCUGACAUUUCUGGGAAGGAACAAAUGUCGUUAGGUGUGCAUUAUUUUGGCACGUCAACUAUGAGCAUAAAGGACGAAUUUUUAGGGUUUACAGAGUUAAAAAAACUCAAUGCUGAAGCCAUAGCAUCAAGUAUAUUAGAAUUUUCAAAUAAUGUUGGACUGAACAUGAUUAAACUUGUGGGUUUAGGAUUUGAUAGAUGCUCUAUAUGGCAGGGAAAGAAAAUGGAGUCCAACAUCCUUCGGCGUAGACUUGUUCCAAAAAUUGCUCUGUUAUGCGAAACACGAUGGUCAGAAAAAUAUAAAUCAAUACGCUUAUUUUAUGAAAAUUUCAUAGCAAUAAAAACAGCUCUUGAUGAAUUAGCAGUAAAUAAGGAUAUUAAUUCAUCUACUCGAUCACGAGCAUUUCAGCUAUCAUGUGCUUCAUCAAAAGACACAUUUGUUGUAUGUUUGAUUAUAAUUUCAACAUAUUCAUCGAUUUUAGAGCCAGUUUUCAAUAAAUUGCAGUCUGUUAAAACUAAUUUGUAUACUGUGCAUCAAUACAUCAAGACUAGUUUACUGUCAAUUCUUAGGAUGCAUAGAACUCAAUGUGAUAGACAUUUCAAUAAUAUUUUUGAAACUAUUAAAAAGACUACCAAUAAUCUUGACAUUGAAAUUAAAAUUCCAAGACCAUCAAACAAACAAAUCGCUCAAAUCAUAACGUUACCACACUUGAACAAUACUAUAGAGUUUCAUUAUUUUUACCAUAUUUAG